CGAAUGGAAACCGCCAAACACACCAUCCACGAACAAGGCCACGCAACCGAACUCCGAAUGGCCGAAUUACCCAGCAACGCCAAGUUUCCUGCAAAGAGGUGCGGUGUCCUCGGCGCCACCGGCAGCGUAGGCCAACGUUUCAUCCUCUUGCUCGCACAACACCCUCAUUUCAAACUCACGGCCGUCGGUGCCUCGCCCCGGAGUGCCGGGAAGAAGUAUAAAGAUGCGGUGAAAUGGAAACAGGCGAUGCCUAUGAGUCGGGAAUUGGGGGAUUUGGUUGUGAAGAAUUGUACGCCGGAGGAGUUUGUGGGGGUGGUGGAUGUUGUGUUUUCCGGCUUGGAUAGUGAUGUUGCGGGGGAUACAGAAAUGGCUUUCCUCAAAGCCAACAUCCCGACGUUUUCCAAUGCGAAGAAUUAUCGACAGGCUGGAAUCGUCAUUCCUUUCGCCGCUCUCCAAGCAAAAUUCGGCCCCAUCAAUACCGUCUCGGUAGUCACAAUGCAAGCAGUCUCAGGAGCAGGAUACCCCGGCGUGAGCAGCAUGGACAUUCUCGACAACGUCGUCCCCUUCAUCUCCGGCGAAGAAGACAAACUCGAAACCGAAGCACGAAAGAUCUUAGGAGCCAUCAACUCAGACAAAAACGCCUUCCAAGAACAAUCCGCCCUUCGCAUCUCAGCCGCAUGUAACCGCGUCCCCGUCCUCGACGGCCAUACCGCCUGCGUGAGCUUGAAGUUCUCAAAGCAACCCCCUCCUUCCGCUCAAGAAGUCAUCGCCGCGCUGAGAGAGUAUACUUCUGAUGCCCAGAAAUUGGGGUGUCCCAGUGCACCACGCCAGGCGAUUGUGGUUUUUGACGAACCUGAUCGACCCCAGCCCAGACUUGAUCGAGAGCUGGAGAAGGGUUAUGCGGUUAGUGUGGGAAGGGUACGAGAGGAUGAGAGUGGGAUUUUUGAUCUCAAGUUCGUGGCGCUUAGUCAUAAUACUGUGAUUGGGGCGGCUGGGAGUAGUAUUUUGAAUGCUGAGGCGGCGGUUUUGAAGGGCUAUAUUUAGGAGAGAGCGAGAUGGGGGGUUUGGGUUCUAUGAUGAAAAAGAUGUGGAAUGGAAGAGGGAUUUUAAGUUUGGCCGUCUGGCGUGUGCACGGGUGUGAGGACUUUGCUGUGGUCGACGGCUUACUUUACUGUAUACAGAGCGACAGCGACUCUUGAGGCGAAUGGAUUUCGACAUCUUGCACG